AAUUUUCAAAUUGAGCUCUGUGCCCGACCUCCAAAGUAAAAUCGCCAGCCGGAACUUGGAAACAGUGAUUUUAGGGAAGAAGAUGCAGGAAUCGGCCGAGUCAAGUCCCGACUCUUUUAAACUCGGCCAGCGAGUCCAUUCAGAAAGCGAUCCUAGCCGAAUCGGGACAGUCAGGUACGUGGGGCCUGUUCAGGGAUAUUCAGGGAUGUGGGUCGGUGUCGAUUGGGACAAUGGAGAAGGCAAGCACGAUGGGUCAGUGAACGGCGUCCGAUACUUCCAAGCGAAAUCCGAGCGGUCAGGUUCCUUUGUUCGGACCCAGAAUUUGAGUCCUGGCAUUUCGUUCUUAGAAGCUCUCCAUAUCAGGUACAAAGGCGAGUCCACCAAAGAAGAAGAGGAUGAAAUGUACGUGCUUUCAGCUAGCAACAAACGGGUAUCUGUUGAACUUGUGGGCAAAGAGAAAAUUCAAGAUAAGCUAAGUAGAUUUGAAGAGUUGAAAGGUGCUUCACUACCUUAUUUAGGCGUUAGCACCCCUGGAAACCCAAGCGAUAUCAGCAGUUUAGUACCAAAUCUGAAGGAGUUAGACUUGACAGGAAAUUUGAUUUCAGAAUGGAAGGAUGUCAGUACCAUUUGUGAGCAAUUACCAGCUCUUACAGCCGUCAAUUUGUCUGAUAAUUUAAUGUCGCAGAACAUUACUGGGCUACUUCAACUGAAAAACAUCCGUAUCUUAGUUUUAAACAAUACUGGCAUAAAUUGGACACAGGUUGAAGAACUUAAUCAUUUAUUGCCAAUGAUUGAGGAGCUACAUCUGAUGAGAAAUGGCAUAAGUAGAAUAAUGCCAACAUCUUCAUCAAUUGUUCAAGGGUUUGGUUCUUUGCGGCUUCUGAACUUGGAAAAUAAUUCAAUAGCUGAAUGGAAUGAAAUCUUGAAGCUCUCUUUGUUGAGAAGUUUGGAGCAGCUUCAUUUGAACAAAAACAAUUUGAAGCACAUCUUUUACCCAGAUGCUGAUACUAUUCAAAAAUUGCUUAGUGGAUCUGAAUCUAAUGUCAAAAUGCCUUUUCAAAACUUGCAUUGCCUUCUUCUGGGAGGUAACAACAUUGAGGAUCUGGCCUCUGUUGACUCACUGAACUCAUUCCCCAAAUUGGUGGAUAUCAGGCUUUCUGAAAAUCCAAUAGCUGAUACCGGAAGAAGUGGUAUCCCAAGGUUUGUUUUGAUUGCACGAUUAUCAAAAGUUGAAAUACUGAAUGGAAGUGAGGUAAGUCUUCGUGAAAGGAAGGACUCUGAAAUCCGAUAUGUUCGCUUAGUUAUGUCGAAGUUGCAUGACAAUCCAGAUGAAAUCAAAGAGCAUCCCAGGUUUGCUGAGCUUAAGGCUUUUCAUGGCAUUGAAGGUGAAAGGCCAUCAGUUGGAACAUCAGGCCCUCAGAAAAUGGCUUCUGGACUUCUAUCGGUCAAUUUGAAAUGUGUGGGUGCAUCCAUUUGUGAGAAACCGUUACUAACAAAGAAACUGCCAGCCACUACAACGGUAGGCAAGCUAAAAAUUCUUUGCGAAAGCUUUUUCAAACUCAAGUCCAUCAAGCCAAAAUUAUUUCUCCAGGAAGAGGGUUCACCUCUACCUUCAUUGCUGGAUGAUGAAAUGGCAACUUUGACGGACAUUGGCAUCGGCAAUGAGUCGACCAUUCUUGUGGAUGAAGAGAGUUGACAAAAGUAAAAAUCAAUGAACUCAUUGCAAUCUACUGCUGAAAGUUUUUGAAUAAUGAUACACACAAGCUGCAAGUUCAUGCCGUUUCAGAUAUGCUACAGUUUUGCAUCUUAUGCAUGCUGCCAUUUCUUUCAUCAUGCAUGCACACCCUCAAAUGAUGGUUGAUGGUUUAUUAUACAUUCACUCGUCUGUUCAGAGUUAAAAUUUUUCCUUAUGUCAGGCAAUACCAGUUAUGGAUCCUUGGAGAAACAAGAAAGUUAAUUCCCCACUAACAGAUUUUGGGGUGCAUAAGAACCUGUGUGUGUCUAAACAAGUUUAAUGACCGUUAGACUAAAUAUUUAUAUCGAGAUAUAUUCAAAAUUAAUUAAAAUGUAUCUAUAGAGUGUACAAAUUUAUACGUAAA